AUGAAGAUUGAGUUCAAGCACGUUCCCAGGAUCCGGAACGAGUUUGCCGAUGCCCUUGCAACUCUAUCAUCCAUGAUUCAGCAUCCAGACAAGAACUAUAUCGACCCUAUUAAGGUAGAGAUCAGGGAUCAACAUGCCUAUUGCUUUCAUGUAGAUGAAGAGCCAGACGGUAAACCAUGUCAGAAGCGAGCACUAGGGAGGUUGGAGAAUCACUUUUUCCUUAACGGUAAAGUCCUGUACAAGAGGACCCCAGACUUGGGUUUGUUAAGAUAUGUAGAUGUUGCUGAUGCAACCAGAUUAUUGGAAGAAAUACAUGCAGGAAUGUGCGGACCCCACAUGAACGGUUUCAUAUUAGCCAAGAAGAUCUUGAGAGCUGGAUAUUUUUGGAUGACCAUGGAAAGUGAUAGUAUCCGCUAUGUGCAGAAGCGUCACCAGUGCCAGAUCCAUUAA